GCCACCAAGCGAUGGGCAACAGUCUCUCGACGCACUCAGCUCGUGAUCCCAACCCACACCGCGCAGCCAUGAAGCUGAUGAUCGUGUUCGCCGUGGUGGCUUCGGCCCUGGCUGCGCCCCAGAACCAGCCCCAGGUCAACGUCCUUAGCCAGUCGUUCGACCAGGAUGAGCAGGGCAACUACAACUACCAGUAUGAGCUGGACAACGGACAGAAGGCGGAGGAGGCCGGCACCGUGCUGCCCGGCCCCGAGCCCGAGACCGGCUCGAUCGACGUGCAGGGCUCGUACACCUUCGUCGCCGACGACGGCAACACGUACUCGGUGUCGUACGCGGCCAACGAGGGAGGCUUCCAGCCGGAUGCGCCGCACCUGCCCGUGGCGCCGGCGCAGAUUGCUGAGUACGAGCAGCUGCGGGCCGACCACCCGGAGCUGUUCUGGGCCGAGACCCAGUAGUGGGACCGCCGGCCGCGGCCGCUAACUCCUUUGUGAUCAGUCCCCUAACCCCCUCCCCCACCAUCUGCCAUGCGUUGUUACAUAUCCUUUGGCGUUCAUAUGUACCAGUAUUUAUCCGUUUCCCCCGCGCGCGAGUAGCCCGAGCAGUUUAAAACUAUUUGUUGUUACUGUACAGAACACCUGCUCUCAAUAUAUGCCAUCGCAUUGA